GCUUGGGAGGACUAUUCAACACAAAGAAAGAAAGAUGGCUCUCGCACUCCAACUUGGUUUUCUGCAUGUGGCUCUUUCAUAUCUUUUGCUGCUUUUGGUGGUUGUGAACGGUGUUGACGAGACAGCUUCAUCAUCAUCCUCAUUUAACAUGGAAGACACAAACUAUGUUUUUUUUAGAUACGAUGAUGUUAAGCCAGGAUUAAAACUACCAAUUUACUUUGGAGGAGCAUUUCCCGACGAAAUCCCACAUUUUCUACCCAAAGAAAAGGCAAAUUCAAUCCCUUUUUCAUCCAAACAAUUUCCAUUAAUUCUUAAACAUUUCGGAUUCCAUAAAGAUUCACCACAAGCUAAAGCCAUGGAUUAUACCUUAAAAAUGUGCGAAAGGAAAAUUCCAGGUGAACAUAAAAGAUGUGUUAACUCCUUAGAAUCUAUGAUUGAUUAUGUUCAACAAACUUUUGAUAGUCUCGGACAUAACGAUGAAAAUGAAAUUGGGUUUAAGGUGUUAAGUAGUAGUCCACUCCCAAAAGGUACUAAACUUUUACAAAAUUAUACGGUCUUAGAAGCAAAAAGGGUACCAAGUCCAAAAAUGAACGCAUGUCACAUGAUGGUGUACCCGUACGCGGUAUUUCAUUGUCAUUAUCCGGAUCCUGAAAAUCGGGUAUUCGAAAUUAAAGUGGAGGGUGAAGAUGGAGCUGUUGUUGAUGCCAUUGCGAAUUGUCAUAUGAAUACGACUAUGUUUGAUCCGAAUCUUGUUGCGUUUCGUAUGUUAGGAUUUACUCCUGGCUCUGCUCCUCUUUGUCAUUUCCUUCCUUCUGAUGAUCUGGUUUGGGUUCCUGCUACUGUGGAUGAUUUGAAGGAUAAUUAUGAACGUAAAAAUGUUUUUAGUUACUGAAUAAUAUCAGUAUGUGUUUCGUUUAAGUGAGGAUUGUUGCAUAAAUAAAGUCUAUGAACGUACUAUGAAUGUCAUGUGAUGUGUGUUUCUUCAAGUGUUUGUGUAGAAGUGUUCUUAUGGAAUAAUAAAGUCUAUUAAGAAUAUUUUAUUUGGGUUUUUACAAAACUUUGUAUUAGAGAAAAUAUGAGAUUGUUAGGACUAAUUCGAGUAAAUUGUUUUUAUAUUCAAGACAUACGUAAUUAAUUUAGUG